CGAUGUAUUACCGUCUUUCUAUUGUCGGAUUCUUACUUGUUAUUCCCUCUCCGUCGCUCGAGAACGACCCUUUCGCCUAGCAUCAUCUCAUCCGACCUGAAGGCAACCCAGCAGAUAGGCCCGUGUACAGACGAACACACUCCAGGCUCGCCACGACAACGUAACGAAUCAUGCUUGCCGCCGAGUCGUUGCGGCCUGUCUACCAACAUGCAGCCACAUCACAUGCAAACAUAGGCCCGAGCAGUAGUUUUUCAAGUAUGGACAACAUUGCUUCAGGCUGGAAUGGGCAAAUUAUGCCGGCAUUGAAAAAACGCCUCGAGACUGAGUCGGCUUAUCUCACCCACCGUCUGUCCGCCGCUCAGUCUGACAAGCGCCCGACGUCAUCUGGGUUUGGUGACCCAGCUGAAGAGGGAGCAACUUUUUCUGAGCAUUCUAGGGAAAGCCUGUUCCCUGAAUACAAUACUCAGGUGAAUGUACUGCCCGAGAUGGCGGGUAGAACUGGUCUUCCCAGUCGUCCACAGUCUCAAUCCUCACCCAAAAGUAGGGCGAGGUCUGGAACGAUGGUUAGUCCCAAUGAAGUCCGCAAAAUAUACUUGGAUCGACCUCCUGUACCUAUCACCUCACCUACGUCUUUGUCUGAAAUUUCCGGUCUACAACUUUCGCCAGUCGCAUCCAAAUCCACAUCUUCAGGUGACGGUUCCCCGGUCAUACCACCUCCCUCCCGGAUACCCAUCCGUGCAAGUUCAAAGUCUCGCGGAGGGUCGGAUCCCUAUUCAUUCCUGAGAAGUGAUGGACCCCGCUCGAUGUUAGGUCUUUCGUUUUCCUCAACAAUACCCGCUACAGCAGGAAGAAUGAGUCGAUCGCCGCAGCUGCAACGGGAGGUAUCAAUUGCGCAUGUUAAAGAACUCGCGGAAGGACCUUCUGCCAAAAAAUCGAGGGGGCAAUUCUCAGGAGAACUGAAGCAAAGGGAUUUCGGGGAAGAUUCCCCAACACUUGAUGCAGCUCAAAUAACUGAAGGCUUUAUCAAAAACGAACUUCCGCCUUUCAUAAUGUCACCAGAAGAAGCCUUACGUAUUGCAGAGCGGGGCCACAACCUUGAGUCUGAUGACGAUGCACAAAUGCAGGACUGGCAGCAUCUUGAACUGGAUCCGUAUGCUGCCAGUGGCCCGUCUCAGGAAAUCGGACUUGCUGAAGGGAAGCGCGAGAAGAGAAAAAGAGCAACCACCAUGAAGACAAGCGGUAGGAAUAGACAUGUUGCAGCACGAUCCGUUAACAAAGACUGUCAGCCUGACUUCGGGCUUCCAGUGUUCGAAAAUCCUUCAUUGAAAGCCUCAAAGUCCCGAAUUCAGACAGGAAGCACUCCGUCUGCCACUGCCACCUCGUAUCCAAUCUCCCAGACUUCACGUUCUGUUUCUAUGAAAGCGUUCUCUUCUACUCCUCGUACCCUACACCCCUAUAAUACUUUACCCAAUUCUUCUUCCCGUCUCGGCGUUGCUGCACAUCUUAUCCCUCCAGCAAGCACUUACACACCGCCCAAAGGAGCUAAUUGGGACGAGGUAGUGUUGCCUGCUGUGGCCAAGAAGCUGGGGAUCGGGGAGGCAAGGACUGCCGACAAGAUCGAUACAGGGCCAGAUGCUGAAGAUUUAGCAGUAGAGUGGGACAAGAAUGGAACACCUAUCAAAUGGGUGAAGAAGAAAAUGGAAGAUAGAACGUCUUUGGACAAACAGACCGAUCUUGAAACCAAAUCCCCUAAUAGCAAACUCAUGGAGCUGCCUUUUAACCCGAUCCUGGAGCCUUUGCCGGAUAGUCCUUUUUGUCAAUCGAAUUAUGGUGCUCAACAUCCCGAUACUAUUGGACUUGGCCCUCAGCGCGAAGCGCCAGGUCUGCAUAUCAUUCCGCCCCCGCUAUCAAAAACCAUUUCCCAGACCAGCAUCAAUCUGAAACCCUCUUUUCUCAGAAAGACAAGCAUGCAAGACGUGACAAAACCGUCUUCUCAAAGGUCAUUGCAGGCUCAACGAUGUGACGACGAAGAAUCCGAACCUUUCGUGGGUAAUGACUUGGUCCCGGGGCAGAGCCACUGGGGAGUUCCUCCUGUGCAGCCAUCGGCACCUGGCACCACACAUCGCAUCACAGGUGCAGUUUACGAGAAACGUAUGAAUAAACAGCGCGGAGUGGCCUCCGUGCAAGCGAACCUGUUGGGGGUCGGUAAUGUACAGUCUGGGAAAGCUGUGGACUCAAAGCCAAACAAGAAGGCCAAACAAGAUGGCCACAGCAAAGGUUGUGGUUGUGCUAUAAUGUGAAGUAACAGUAGUAUGUAAAUCAUGUGGGAUUCUUAGAUACACUUCAUCUUUAACAACCAUAUUUGCCUGUCAUAAGUAUAAG